GGAAGUUCUCAGACACGUGGCCGGCCACGGCUGGGGGGAGGUCUGUGAUAAACACCUCUGGGGGGGCCCGUGGCUGCUCAGAGCCCAGCCCAAGGAUGAGGCUGUUUCCAUGGCUGAUGUUCCUGGCCCACUGGGGAGUCACCACGGCUGAAACAGGGAAGUUCUGGCACAUCUCUGACCUACACCUUGACCCCAACUACACAGUGACUAAAGAUCCCCUCCAGGUGUGCCCGUCCGCAGGCUCCCAGCCCGUGCUCAAUGCAGGCCCCUGGGGUGACUAUCUCUGCGAUUCUCCCUGGAUCCUCAUCAACUCUUCCAUCUAUGCCAUGAAGGAGAUCGAGCCAAAGCCAGACUUCAUUCUCUGGACGGGGGAUGACACACCUCAUGUGCCCAACGAGAGUCUGGGAGAGGAGGCAGUGCUGAGGAUUGUGGGGCUUCUGACCACUCUCAUCAGGGAGGUGUUUCCGGACACUAAAGUCUAUGCUGCCUUGGGAAAUCACGACUUUCACCCUAAAAACCAGUUCCCAGCAGGGAGCAACAAUAUCUACAAUCAAGUAGCAGAACUGUGGCGACCGUGGCUUAGUAAUGAAUCCAUCGCUCUCUUCAAAGAAGGUGCCUUCUAUUCGGAGAAGCUGCCGGGUCCCAGCAGGGCAGGGCGAGUGGUGGUUCUCAACACCAAUCUGUACUAUAGCAACAACCAACAGACGGCAGGCAUGGCUGACCCAGGCCAGCAGUUCCAGUGGCUGGAAGAGGUGCUGAGCAAUGCAUCCCGAGCUGGGGAGCUGGUGUACAUUAUAGGCCACGUGCCUCCAGGGUUCUUUGAGAAGACUCGGAAUAAGGCCUGGUUCCGGGAAGACUUCAAUGCAGUGUACCUGCAGGUGGUCCGCAGGCACCACCAUGUCAUAGCUGGCCAGUUCUUUGGGCACCACCACACUGACAGCUUUCGGAUGUUCUAUGAUGAUGCAGGGGCUCCCGUCAGCGCCAUGUUCCUCACACCUGGGGUCACUCCAUGGAAAACCACGUUACCUGGAGUUGUCAAUGGGGCCAACAAUCCAGGCAUCCGGGUGUUCGAGUAUGACCGAGACACACUGAACGUACAGGAUAUGGUGACCUACUUUAUGAACUUGAGCCUGGCUAACACACAGCAGACCCCACGUUGGGAGCUUGAGUACCGGCUGACAGAGGCCUACCAGGUACCAGAUGGCAGUACUCGCUCCAUGCAGAAGGUGCUGAGCCGAAUCGCCAGUGACCAGGACAUGCUACAGCGCUACUAUGUCUACAACUCCGUCAGCUAUGACACUGGGCCCUGCGAGGGGGACUGCCGCACGGAGCACGUGUGUGCAAUGCAACAGGUGGCCUUCCACGCCUACACAACCUGCCUGCAUGCUUCAGGCGCUGCCCUUACACCAGGGCUGGCAGUGCUGGUGGUCCUGCAUGUACUGCUCUGGCAAUGACCUUGGGCGUCAUCUUUCUCUUGGUAAAAUGAGGCCGGGUCAACCUACUGAAAGCUGGUCUUAACUACCCAAAGCUGGGAUGUGACAGAUGGUGCAGGCCAUGACAUCCCAACCUCAAGUCUCAUGUUUUACCCACAAUGCCUAGGGCACUUCUUGCUUUCUGCAUUACUCCUUUUAAUAUGUAAAUAGUGUCCAAAGGAAUUCAUUUCCCAUUACAAAACGUCCUUC